AAACAUCCGGGUCUCUCAGGUUCCUAUCUGGCGACCCGUCGCCAUUAGUGUGCGCUCUUCAUUACGGAACGCGUUUUUAGGCUAAAAUUCCCACAUUGGGUCGUUUUCCAGUUUCUGGAAAACAUUUAGCGCCUUGUUAGGGGCAUAUUGUUUUCCGUAACGAGCAAAAAUCACUCAUUUAAAGGGGGUUUUGGCCCCGUUUGGCGAGCUUUAGUCCUCUCCUCUGCCAGGCUUUACGACUUGAGACGCCAUAACCGUGUCUCUGUAUUUUUCUCUGGUUUGUUUUAUCGUCAAGAUGUCGCCGUGAUGGGGUCUCCGCGUUUGACAGAAAUGAAUCUGGGCCUUUGCCGCCUGACCCGCACUCACUGCAACCCGUUUUUGUCCUCCGUUUCCCCGUUUAAUGCUAGAGAGCUCGACGGUUGUCUGCCAAAAGCUCGGCCUCAACAGCGCUCACUGCACGGAGACAAACAUGGAGAAAAACCCCAGCAGCAGCACCAGCACCAAGGUUCCGCCCCGUUCCAGCUCCACAGGGCCGCCACCUGGAGAUUCUAAACCCAAAACAGAAGGUAAAAAUAAUGGGGGCUCUAAGCGCUACAACCGUAAGCGUGAGCCCUCCUUUCCUAAAGCUGAAAGUUUAUCUGGCCCUUGUCGCACCAAUUCACAGAAAAGCAAGAAUUUCGACAAGAGACCACCUCAGAGAGGUGGAGGACGACAGUAUGGAGUCACGGGUGGAGGACGACGGGAAGAGGUAGCAGAAACCCGCCGGGCCGAGUUUAGCCCGGCUCAGUUUGCUGGUCCCAAAAAAAUUAGCCUGAAUCACCUGCUGAAUUUCACAUUCGAACCUCGUGGAGGUAACGAUGGCAUCGGAGACAGCGGCCACUCCUACUGGGGCCGCAGAAACAAGUGGGGCCACAAGAACAAGCCCUUCAACAAGGAGCUUUUUCUCCAGGCCAACUGCCAGUUUGUGGUGACUGAUAACCAGGACUACAAGGCUCACUUCACUGAUCCAGACACUCUGGUCAACUGGGACUGUGUGCAGCAAGUGCGCAUCUAUAGCCAUGAGAUGCCGUCUUGCCCGAUCUGCCUCUAUCCUCCUGUGGUGGCUCGCAUCACACGGUGUGGACACAUCUUCUGCUGGCCGUGCAUGCUCCACUACCUGUCUCUCAGUGACAAGAGCUGGUCCAAGUGUCCAAUCUGCUAUGAGGCCGUGCACACAGCUGACUUGAAGAGUGUGGUUGCUAUGGAAACCAAGCAGUACGUGGUUGGGGAUGUAAUCACCAUGCGUCUGAUGCGGAGAGAAAAGGGGGCUCUGGUGGCUAUGCCAAGCUCCCGGUGGGUGAAGGUGGAGGAGCCUGUUCGCUUUGGAGAUGCUUCUUUGAGUCCAUACUCUAAGCUGCUGCUGACCUCCUCAGCGCAGGUCCUUAGCUUGGUCACAGAGGAGAUGGGAAUCCUGCAGGCUCAGCUAAGUCUAGAAGAGGAAUCUGAGGGCUGCUUCAUCCAGAGCGCCCUCUGUCUUUUACAGGAACAAGAGGAAACACUGCUGAAGCAGCAAGUGGUGAACGCAGACAACCCUGACCUGUCUUCACUGACUCUGAAAGAUCCUCCUUCCCCUGUGGAGGAGGUGGUGAUUAAUACCAUCAGUGCCAAGCCUGUGCUGCAGUACUCCUCAGCUUUUGAUGAUGAGGUGGCGGAGCCCACCAAAGACACGGAUGCCGAGCUUCCAGGCACUCCCGAUCCCAUCCUGGAGAGUGUGCUGGAGGAGUCCCCUGAGGCUAUUUCGGACCCCCCCCCAGAGUCCCAACUUGAGGAAGACACCCCACCCAACCAGGCGGACUCUGCCCGUCCCUCUGCUACUGUGGUGCAUGGACCUUACUACUAUUUCUACCAAGCUGACGACUGCCAGCAGAUGUUCCUGCAUCCUGUGAAUGUGCGCUGUCUUUUGCGUGAAUAUGGCAGCUUGGAGGCCUGUCCUGACUCCAUCACUGCCGCAGUGGUGGAGAUAGUAGGACACACAGUCACUGAGGAGAUCCGUCGUCGGCAUCGCUACCUGGCUCACCUGCCGCUCACAUGUGAAUUCAGCAUCUGUGAGCUGGCCCUGCAGCCGCCGAUCCUGUCCAAAGAAACUCUGGACACAUUCGCAGAUGACUUGGAGAAAAGAAAGCGUCUGAGGCAGAAGAAAGCGAGGGAUGAAAAACGUAGGGAGAAGCGGAUUGAAAUUGAGGAGAACAAGAAGCAGGGUAAAUAUCCUGAGGUACAUAUUGGACUGGAGAACCUUCAUCAUUUCCCAGCAUUUGGCUCUCCUCACUACAGCAGCCCACCAAUCCAACCUGACUUUACUUUAGCCCCUCCAUCCCCCAUCAGCAGCAGCCCUUCUUCUGAUGGGAUGAGAUUCCCAAGUCUGAGUGUGUCCGGGCCUACUGUGGGAAGCGUGGAGGAUGAUGCCCACUGCAUGUCCUUUGCACAGAUGCUAAAAGAUGGGAAAGCCAGAGCUGAUGCUGGGCCCAGGAUUACUCCAAAGAAAGACAAGCUGCUGGCCGCCCCAGCAGCAGACAGCGACGGUGAGAGCGAUGGGUCGGAUCGUGUUCCCAUACCCAGCUUUCAGAAUUCAUUCAGUCAGGCUUUUGAGAAGGCUCUUCUGCAGCUAGACCAUGGUGCUGCUUCCUCACAGCCACCUGUGGUAGAACCAGAUGAAAAGGGAGGGAAGAAGAAGAAGAAAAAGCAGAAACUUCUCUUCAGUACAUCCAUGGUUCACACAAAGUAGACAGAACUGAAGUUCAUAUAAUUGUUUUGUGUUUUCAGAUCAUCCCACUGCUUGUUUUAUCCUCCCUCCACCCCCAGACAUGCAGAUCUAUCUUGGAAAUCUAAGCUAUGAAAGUAGGUUUUACUGUAUAGCCGAAGUUCAUAGUACUUCAGACUUCUUUGAUGAAUGCUACUUAGUCUCUUCCCACUAGAUUUAGAUUUUGUUUUGGUUGUUUUACUGGAUGUGUCCCACUCAAAGCCUUCUGGAUAACCUGCAGUUCUGAUGCUAAGUAAAUGAAUAUAACAGGUGGCUGUCUCUAAUAUUGUUCAAGCUUCAGACUAUUCAGAAGUUCCCUGUACAUAGUUUACUCAGCUUCCAGAGUAACCCAGAGUGCAGCAUCUAGGACAUGUUGAUGAUAUAGAUAAGGUCAUUUGAAGGUGUUUCAUGCCAGAGUAGCAGUCAGCCAGCUGCAGGUAUGUUGCACCUUUCCAUUUUACACCUACACAGCAUCAUCCUGAAGAUCUACCUUACCAAUAAAUACUUUUUUCAGUGUUUUAUGACCACUUUGUUGGAAAAGGUGGGGCUAUUAGCAUUUUGCAGAUUGCAAGACUCAAAGUUGUAUUAUCUAGCACUAUCAUGAGGACAUUGUUUUUAAUACAAGGAAAACAGUAUUGUCAACUAAAGUUCUGAUCACUCUACAAAAAAUUUUGGCUUCCAUUUCUCUUCAUUCAGUUUCAUUUUCUGAUUGGAAAUGUUUAUUUCCUCUAACUUUAUCAUUAUCCCCAGUUAAAUGUUUGGUGCGGAAGAUGUGUGGAGCUGGAGAAUUUCUGGGAUUGAACUCAUGCUUAUGAAACCUAAAGAGACAGUGAACUGGAUAUUUUUGACAGUUUUUCAAUUCACCUAUAUUUUUGAGCAGGUUUAUGGUGUAAACAGCAUAACUGGUAUGUUGUAACAAAUAAAGAUUUAUGCACAAUUA